ACCUAACCAUGUCAAUAAUAAAUAAAAAAAGCUUACAUUGAUUACACAAUAAAUUUGAUGAUGCAGUUACGGUUAUUGAAAAUAAUGGUCAAAUAGAAAAUACAGAAGGGAGAGAUAUGGAGGAAGAAUUAGAAAAUGUGGAAGAAAUUAUAUUAACAGUGGAAGACGAAACAGUUGCAGAAAGUACAAGAGAUAAUUGGCAACAUUACCAGCUAAUCAGUAUGAAAAAGCCAUUAAAUGAAAUUUUAAAAAAUGUGAUAAAUGGAGGUACAUCAGAACACAUUCAGACACCUCCUUCCAAGAGAAAACGUACCUCACCAAAUGAAGAUAAUGGGUGGAGCACUCGUCGAAGACCAACUGCUGGCGUGAAUAUAACAUUGGCUCAUAAAUUUGAAGAACUGACGGAAAUAAAAGCCAAAGCAACAAAGUUGCAACUGGCUAUUCUUAAAGAAGAAAAUAUGCAUCAGAAUAUGAAGUGGGAAUGUCAACGUGAAGAAUAUUCAUUAAAACAGACCCAGCUCAAAGAACUACACGAGUUACAGAAAACGUCUUUACAGUUAGAUAUAGAAAUUAAGAAGAAACAGUUAGAAAAAUUAAAUAUGUUAGUUUAAAACAAUAAA